UAUCUUCAAAUACAAAAAUUAUAUUAAUUUUUAUUCCUUAACGAACGAUUAUUAAUUUGUUAAAAGUAUUUUACUGCAUUUAAAAAAAAUUGAGACAUUCGAUAAUUAAUUACAUUAUAAAUUAUAAGAAAGUAAUUUUUUAAUUAUGGUACGACAUAAAGCCCAACCAAGUGCUUUAUCUAAUCAACCCGGCACUUCCAAUUCGACAGCAAGUGAUAGUAGCGAUGAAGUACAAAUUGAAGUUGUAAGAAGACCGCGAAAAAAGCGAGUUUUUGAAGAAAUCAGAGCUUUAAGAAGAAGUACAAAGUUGCUUAUUCCAAAAGCUCCUUUUGUUCGUUUAGUAAAAGAAAUUGUAAAAGACAUAUUUCCUCGAAGCAAGAUUCGAAGGUUUCAAAACGAUGCAAUUGAAGCACUUCGUGAAGCUGCUGAGAUAUAUAUUGUUCAAUAUUAUGAACAAGCUGACGUUAUAUCGCAACAUGCAAAUCGUACAACAUUAAUGCAACGAGAUAUGGUUAUGUUACGAUUUAUUCGAGGACGCGACGACGUUAUUAAUAAAUAAUAGCAAUAAAAUCAUUUAAAAUAAACAAUUAAUUUAUCAAAUAAUAAAUAAAUGAAUAAAAUAAAAAU